AUGCAGCAUUUUAUGUCAUCUACAAGAGACGAAUUAGAUGUAGAAGAAUUUGCUUCUUCUCCUUCAGCCCGUCAGCGGCGACAGUCUGCUGCUGCUGCUGCUGCUGCUGCAGCAGCAGCAGCAGCAGGAUUCUCUCCUAUUCCUUCUGACGGCCCACCGCUGCGGCCACAUUCCCCUAGGCAGCUGCAGCAGCGUAGUAGGCAUUUGCUGCAGCGGCAAGCAGCAGCUGCUGCUGGUGCAGCAGCAGCAGUUGCUUCUGCUGCAGCAACUGCAGCAGCAAAACAUAUAGGUAUGCUGAGGCGUAAACGUUUUGUCGUGCUGCUGCUGCUGCUGCUGGCGCUGCUGCUGCUCGUGCUGCUGUUUGUAUGGCUGCUGCCAUUUGGUGUGCAGCAGCGGCAGCAGCAGCAGCAGAAGCAGCGGCAGCAAGAUGGCGCUAGCCAAGGAACAUUCUCUUCUCCUUGGCAGCAAGAUAACGCAACAGCAGCAGCAGAAGCAGCAGAACCUCAAUCUCUUGCUGCUGCAGCAGCAGCAGCAGCAGCAGACCUUAUAGGCCGCAGGAAGCAACCUAAGGGUACUUUCUUUGUGCAGCAUUACCCUGGAUAUACUGCUGCUGCUGCUAUGCCGUCUGCUGAUCCAGCAGCAGCAGCAGCAGCAGCAGCAGCACAUGGUGGCAGAUUAGAGGAGCUUCUUUCUUCUCCUCUUUCUGCUUCUUCUGCUGCUCUUGCUGCAGGCUCACCAGCAGCAGCAGCAGCAACAGCAGCACAGCAGCAGCAGCAGCACGAUCUAAAAGAUGUUGCGCUGCCUGUACCUUUUGCUGCACCACCGCAGCAGCAGCAGCAGCAGCAGCAGCAAUCUGUCCUUUUAUCUCUUGGAUCUCGUGCUGCUUCUUUCCCUACAUUAUCCCCAACACCAGGGUAUUCUUUUGCUGCAGACAAAGAGCAGCAGCAGCAACUGCAGCAGCAGCAGCAGCAGCUGCAGCAGCAGCUAGAGGCAGAAGGAUGGAGGGGAGAGCUGGGGGCCCUUGCUGAUUAUAAUAACGAUCUGCAUGUUGAUUUUAUAUUUAUAGGCAGCAGCGCACACCUGCCUGAGUGCAGCAGCAGCAGCAGCAGCAGCAGCAGCAACAGCAACAGCAAUAACAGCAGCAGCAGCAACAGCAACAGCUGCAGCAGCAGCAGCUGCAGCAGCAGCACAACGAACGGACCAACCCCUCUAACCUUAACAGAAGAUCCUAUAACGCAUGCGCAUGCAACAACAACAACAUCGAGCAGCAGCAUUAGCCCAAGCAGCAGCAGCAGCAGCAACAGCAGCAACAGCAGCAGCAGCAGCAGCUGGAGCAGGAGGGAUCGUUGUGGUAGUACUAUCUCUGUAUACACCUGGAGGGCAGAUAAGAAUAUAUUUGCUGCUGAGGUGUCUGUACACCUGAAGGAGACAGUAGAUAGUCUUGUUGCUGUUGAUUGGUCAAGGGAUGGACGUAUAGAUCUUAUUGCUAUUACUAUUGGUCCUCCUCUUCCUCCUACUCCUGCUCCUGCUGCUGCUGCUGCUGCUGCUGCUGGUGCUGCUGGUGCACCUGCAGCAGCAGCAGCAGCAACACCAGCAGCAGCAGCAGCAGCAGGGAAGAGGACCUAUGGUCUUGUUGCUUUUGUACAAAGACCAUCAGGUGUAUUAGAGAGGGUGUGGGAUAGUCAGCAGUUCGUGCUGCAGUUGCUGCAGCACAGAAAGCAGCAGCAGCAGCAGCAGCAGCAGCAGCAGCAGCAGCAGCAGCAAGUAUUUGGUCUAACAUCUGUAGGGAGUGCUGCUGAUGGUGAUCUUGCUGCAGUAACUGCAGCAGGUGCAGCAGAUGAUGCAGCAGCAACAACUGCAGCAGCAGCAACGAAUCCUUCUGUGAGUGCAGCAAUAGCAGCAGAAUCAGCUGCAACAGCAGCAGCAGGCGAGGAAGCAGCUGCUGAUGCUCUCGGCUUAGCUGCCUUUGAGUUUGGGGCUGGUCGUUUGCAUGCGCGUGCUGAGGAAGCAGCAGCAGCAGCAGCAGCUGCUGCUGCUGCAGCAGGAGCAGGAUCACCAGGAGCAACAUAUUUAGGGGGUGAUCCUGUAGGUGCUGCAGCACGAUCCCCCUUAUCUGCAGCAGCAGCAGCAGCAGCAGAAGCAGUAGCAGCAGAACUAACAGAUGAGGAGCUGCUGCGCUGCAGUGUAUCUAGUAUACAUCCCUUAGUAGCUGAUCUAACCUUUGAUCAUUUCCCUGAUUUAUUAGCUCAAUCAGCAGCAGCAAACAGCAGCAGCAGCAGCAGCAGCAACAGCAGCAGCAGCAGCAGCAGCAGCAACGGAUCGUAUAGAUUCUUCUGGGAGAAUUUAGGGAGUAGAGGGAUCGAAGGAUUUGCGCCAAGAAAAGUUGCUGCUGCUGCAGAUAUCUUCGUGACACCAGACCAGCAGCAGCAGCAGCAGCAGCAGCAACAGCAGCAGCAGCAGCAGCAGGAGGAGGAGGAGGAAGAAGAAGAAGCUCUUAUAACAAAUCCUCAUAGCAGCGCCAUAGCAGAUAUAGAUGGCGACUGUCGUGCUGAUUUGCUGCUGAUGGUGCAGCGUCCUGGUUCAUCUUCUUUAUCAUUAGAGGUGUGGCUAAAUAGAUUUAAUGGUACAGCAGCAAGAUGGGUGCAGCAGCAGCAGCAAAUAGAUUUACCACCAGGAGCAGGACAAUUCCUUCUUGCAGACUUUGAUGCUGAUGGUACAUUAGAUAUAUUGGUUCCUUCUUGUGAGAAGAACGAAGAAGGGGUUUGCAUUAAGAAUGAUGCUCUUGUUUUAAUGCGUAAGUAUCUAGGGUUUAGGGUUUAG